AUGGCAGACAAGACAGAAGGGCAUAAACGCUCCAAGAGCGCCCUCGCACUCUCCAUCCUCCAUCGAGACAAGUCGAAAAGUGACGAUAACAAGGAGGACGUUGCGACCUCUCCUAAAAAUAAUGGUUCUCCUGCUUCCUCAUCCUCUUCGUCUCCUCGGGAAUCUCGCCACUCGCACUCAGCAUCCAUGAUUAGCUUACGGUCUUCGAAGCGCAAGGCGGCCCAAGAUAAUAGCAGCAGCAACGCAAACAUCAAUAACUUCCCGGAUAUACCAGAAGGUGCCUCUCAAGAAGAUAUGUCGGAAUCACGCCCUCAGCCAUCCACUGUGGAAGCCCCCGCCACAGACAGUGUCAGCUUAGACCAGUCUGUGAGGACAUUCAGGCUGUUUGAAGUUUUACGGAGUGGGGAUACGAAUGCUAUAACUAAGGCCAUCAAGGACUGUCAAGAAUCGGGCGGCCAGGAGGGUGCUUCUCUCGGCACGAGCAUCCUCCACUUGGCCAUCCAGUGUGCCGACCCUCAGGUCGUAGAAUUCGUGAUGGCAUCCGUUGAUGAUGCGGGAAUCAACGCCCGUGACCGCGAAGGAAACACCCCUCUACAUCUGGCCGCACAGUUAGGUCGGCUAUCUGUCGUCCGAGAGCUACUGGAACGCCCUGCUAUCAACGACGCAGCAACAAAUUUCCAGGGGCAGACGCCGCUCGACCUUGCCCGUAGCCCCGAUAUCUUUCAACACCUACAACUUGCUCGAUCUUUAUUUGUUGAAACCAAGACCAGGGAGAUACAGUCUCUGGUUGGACAAGAAGACUACGAUAAACUGGAGCGUGUCUUGGUCGAACCUCGAGUUCAGGGCAUGGUCGACGUAAACGGCCCCGAGCUCGUCACAGACCGUGCCACAUACCUAUCUGGUGGCACCCUGCUCCAUGAAGCUGUGCGAAAGAAGGACACAAAAUUAAUACAAGUUCUUCUCAUGCAUGGUGCUGACCCUUUCCGGAGAGAUAGGAAGGGAAAGCUUCCCCAGGAUAUCACCAAGGAUGACCGUAUACGCUCAUUCGUGAAGAAGUCACCCGCAGCAGUCAUGGCGCAACGUGGAAUACAGGAAAGGGCCAUCCUUGGGAGCAACUUCGCCCAGGGAUCUGGUGAGGUCUUUAUCGGAGGCAAAGACGCCAGAGAAAUCAAGGGCUACCUGAAGAAGUGGACGAAUUAUACGACCGGAUAUAAACUACGAUGGUUCGUUUUAGAAGAUGGCGUUCUGAGCUACUAUAAACACCAAGACGAUGCUGGCUCUGCUUGUCGUGGAGCCAUAAACAUGCGUAUUGCAAAACUAAAUAUGGAUGCGCAGGAUAAGACUCGUUUUGAGAUCCUAGGGAAAUCAUCAGUCAAAUACCAUCUCAAGGCAAACCAUGUCGUUGAGGCGAAGCGUUGGUUCUGGGCGCUGAAUAAUGCCAUCCAGUGGGCAAAGGAUGAGGCAAAAGAAAGCGACAAGCGACGAACCAAAGAUGUCGAAGUUCUUCGGCAGGCCAGGAUAGACCAGGUCGAGAGGCAAGACCACGACGCCAUGAGUUUGGCCAGUGGGAAAGUGAAUGACAAAACACUUGCACCUCCUCCAACGUCUUUGGGCAGCGCCGCUACUCCCAGCGGGUCAAGGUUGAGUCUACAGAUUUCUCGAGGAGGAACAGAUAACGGUUUCGGAGAUGAUGAGGCCUCAAUUACUGGGCUCAACGAUCCUAGCACUUCUCAAUCUAACAUGGCCGGAGUGAUCAGCCAUGUGACCACAAAUACUGCUGAGGUCGAUGGUGAGGAUGACUAUGCUGAUUACACAAGCAGCCGUGAGAUGCGACCUGCGUCGGACAAGGAUGCCUUUAGCAUUACAGCACAAUCAGUUCGACUGCAGUUAGAUAUUUUACACAGUGUUUCGGGAGCUAUAAAUGCUGAGAAAGCAAAGAAUCCAUCAGCAGCGUUAUCUGACCCUACCAUCGCUCAAGGUUUAACGACUUAUGAAAGAGCCGUCGACACACUGAACUCACUCAUCAUUGAUUUACUUAAAAUCACUAGAGAUAGAGACGCUUACUGGCAGUAUCGUUUAGACAGGGAGGCAGACGCAAGGAAGAUGUGGGAAGAAAGCAUGGCUCGAGUAGCCCAGGAACAUGAGGAAUUACAGAACAGAAUGGGCCAGAGUGAAGAUAAGCGACGCCGAACAAAGAAAGCUCUAAAGGAGGCUUUAGAAAACGUUUCAGUGCCAGCAAGCCGAAGGCUAAGCCAAGCUGCUCCCCCAUCACAAGUGUUAAUAUCGGAUGCCGUGGAAGUGGUCCAAAAAAUCGAAGCAGACAAAAAGGCCGAGCAAGCCGAAGCACCGUCUCCUGGGCUAGCACGAAAGAAGACUGUGCUGGAGGAAAUGGAUUUAUCGGAUAGCGAGUCAAACGACGAAGAUGAGUUUUUUGAUGCCAUAGAUGCUGGCGACGUUGAAGUCGUCGUUCCACCAAAGGAAGAAAAAAUAGAGGCAGGCGAAGCUAGUGCUCGGGCAAAGAAGGAAACAGAGAUUGUACCUUCAUUCAAAGGAUAUGAGGACUCUGUCAGGAAACGACUCAAAAUGGACGCGGAUGACCGUCCAAAAGUUUCCCUAUGGGGUAUCCUGAAAUCUAUGAUCGGAAAAGACAUGACUAAAAUGACACUCCCUGUAUCUUUUAAUGAGCCAACCUCGCUUCUACAACGUGUUGCUGAAGAUAUGGAAUACACCGAUCUUAUUGACACUGCUGCUGACCGUCCUGAUUCAAUGGAAAGAAUGGUUUAUGUGGCUGCUUUUGCUGCCAGCGAGUACGCAUCGACCAUUGGACGCGUUGCGAAACCAUUUAACCCUCUACUUGGUGAAACUUACGAGUAUGCUCGACCUGACAAAGGUUAUCGCUUCUUCGUCGAGCAGGUCAGCCAUCAUCCGCCAAUUGGCGCAGCCUACGCUGAGUCACCAAGAUGGGAUUAUUAUGGUGAAUCUGCGGUGAAAUCUAAGUUCUAUGGGAAAUCGUUUGAUAUCAACCCCUUGGGAACAUGGUUUUUGCGACUACGGCCCGCUUCCGGAGGAGAGGAGCUGUAUACCUGGAAGAAAGUCACAUCCUCCGUUAUCGGCAUUAUUACUGGUAACCCAACAGUCGAUAACUACGGCCCGAUGGUCAUAAAGAACUGGACCACGGGCGAAGAGUGUAGAUUGGACUUUAAGCCCAGAGGCUGGACUGUCGCUUCUGCUUAUCAUGUGUCCGGAAAGGUCCUGGAUCGGGAUGGUGUACCACACUGGAGCGUGGGAGGCAGAUGGAAUGAUAAGAUCUAUGCACGAAAACUCAGUGGAAGCUCCAUGUCAGCUUCAGAAAUUACUACAGACGGAAACUCUCCUCAUGCUAUGCUGAUCUGGCAGAGUAACCCCAGGCCAACCGGGAUACCCUUCAACUUGACGCCGUUUGUUGUUACUCUGAAUGCUAUCCCUGAUAAUCUUAAGCCUCACCUCCCUCCAACUGACACCAGAUUGCGGCCGGACCAGCGUGCCAUGGAAGAUGGCGAGUACGAUUUUGCUGCCACAGAAAAACAUCGAGUCGAAGAAAAACAGCGAGCAAAGAGGAGAGAACGGGAGGCAAAAGGCGAGGAGUAUAAACCAAAGUGGUUUACCAAGGGUGUUUGUGAGAUCACUGGUGAGGAGUACUGGGUACAUAAUGGGAACUAUUGGAAGUCUAGAGCUGCAGGAGACUGGGAGCGUUUGUGAAGAGAUUUUCU